CUGCGCGAGACCAAUACGCCUCAGAUUGGUUAACUAAAAAGGAGCGCGCGGCGCACGCAGGCAGGCAGGCAGCGAGAGAGCGGAGCGGAGUGCGCGUUGACAGCUGCCGUUAGAACUACAGGCGGCACGAGAUUUUCUGGACGGGCUCAGACAAAAUAGCCCCUUUCAAAUUAGUUGCCUCCAACCUUCAACUUUAAUAUCAAUUAACUCUGCAGACCCAUCAUCCCGGGACCAAGGCAGAGUGCUCGACCAUCUUAUUUCAUCCCCCCACCCGGUGCAUUGGAAUAACUGGAUCGCCGGGAGACAAGCGGCAGAGAGGGGCACAGGGGAGCAAAGACGGGACCGCUUUGAAGUUUUUCUCCCCCUCUUUUUUUUUCUUUUUUUUUUCUUCCCCAUCUCGUUCUUGAACGGAGCUCGUACUGGACAGGGGUGCCGCCGUUCGCCGCCCCCCCUCUAUCUAAUGCGUCGGCUGCCCACGUUUAAAAAUGGUACAAGUAUGCUGACAUUCGGACUAUCCUCCGCCUUUUCUUCACUUCGGUUUUAUUCGAUAUCGCGGUCCGAAAUGCAGCCCUGUCUUGUUUUCAUCGGCUUGUUUCUCUCGGCGGCUCAAACCCAAGACGUUCAUCCCUCCGAGCCUUCAUCCUUCAUCAGCGAGUCGUGUGACUCCCUGUGUUCCUGCGAGGCGAAGGACGGCGUCCUUCAUCUCAACUGUGAGCAGAGGAACAUCAGCAAAAUCUCCCAAAUCCAAAUCCCGUCAGGUGUCUCCUUCCAUCUGAACCUUUACAAAAACGACUUAGUCGAGCUCCGAGUCGAGGAAAUGGAAGGGCUUAGGGGCGCCCUUUCUCUGCACAUCGGGGGUAAUAGCAUACAAGAGCUGGAGCCGGGGGUCUUUAGCACUCUCGGAUCGCUGAAAAAGCUCCACAUAAAUAGCAAUUUUCUUGUCACCCUGAAAGAGGACACUUUUCAGGGUCUGGUAAACUUGGAGUUUCUCCAAGCGGACACCAAUUUCAUCCGGAUCAUCGAACCGGGGGCCUUCAACAAACUGAUCCGCCUCAAAGUCCUCAUCCUCAAUGACAAUUCCAUUGAGUUUCUACCCGGCAACAUCUUCCGCUUCGUGCCCCUCACCCACCUCGACCUGCGGGGCAACAAGCUGCAGACGCUGCCCUACGUGGGCUUCCUGGAGCACAUCGGCCGGAUCAUGGAGCUGCUGCUGGAGGACAACGACUGGACCUGUGACUGCGAUAUCCUCCAUUUAAAGACCUGGAUGGAGAACAUGAGGGCACAGUCGGUCAUCAGCGAGGUGGUGUGCAGCUCCCCGCAGCACCUGAAGGGCACCAUCCUGGCCAAAGUCAAGCGGGACGUUCUGUGCCCGUUCCACAAAGACCUUCCCCUUGAGGGACCCCCAUCCCUGGAUAUGGUUGUCACGCCAUCGACCAAGGUGGCUCAGGCUCCCAAACAGACACCAUCUCACAUUCCUGACAGUCCCUGCGUGGAGCACUGUUCCUGUCACAAUCACCCGGUGGCCGGUUUUUUGAUGCACUGCCAGGACCGGGGAAUUCAGAAGGUGUCUGACAUCGGAAUACUCCAGCAGAGCCCUACGAAACUGGUCAUGACAGGAAACAUGAUCCAGAAACUCUUCAAGUAUGACUUUGUCACAUACGACAGUUUGGAGUUGCUCAACCUGGCCAACAACCGGAUCGACUACAUCGACAACGAAACCUUUCUCAGCCUGAGCAGCUUGAAAAAGCUUCACUUGAACGGCAACCGGAUCGAGAAGCUUUUCUCCACCAUGUUUGUGGGUCUCCACAACCUGGAGUUCCUCUACCUGGAAUACAACCUCCUGAAGGAGAUCGCUCCCGGCACGUUCAACCCCCUGCCAAACCUCAAGCUGCUGUCGCUGAACAACAACCUGCUGAGCUCGCUGCCGGCCCAGAUAUUCCGCAACGUGCCCCUGACCAAACUGAACCUGAGGAAGAACCUGCUGAUGCACCUGCCGGUGAGCAACGUGCUGGAUCAGCUGGACGCGCUGGAGCAGAUCUAUUUAGAGGACAACCCCUGGGACUGCAGCUGCGACUUGCUCAGCCUCAAGCAGUGGCUGGAGAAGCUGAGGAAGGACACGGUGGUGGGCUCCGUUCUCUGCCACACCCCGAAGAAGGCGAUGCAGGCCGAGCUGAGAAGCCUCCACCACGAGACGCUCUGUCCCGGGUUGGGAACGUACAACCCGGGGGCGCAAGGCGGGGAGGAGACGGCCACCGCCACUCUGGGGCCCCCCGGCCAACGGGACAGGGGUCUGCUCAUCUCCCUGACCGACACCAUCCCGCUCUCCGUGCUCAUCCUGAGCCUCCUCAUCUUCGUCCUCAUGAUCAUCUUCUGCUCGGCCGGCCUGGUGGUCUUCGUGGUGCACCGGCGGCGGCGGAGGGCGAAGAAGAAAGCCGCAGAGGAGCCGGCGCGGGAGAACACCAGCAGCACGUCCCCCAUCCACUUGCAUUACAGCAUGUACGGGCAGAAGACCACCCACCACACUGUGACCCAGAGAGCGGGACCCGCCAGCCUGUACGAGGACAGGUCCCACAGCCCCAUCGUGCAGAUCUGCCGCAACCCCACCUACUGCGCGCAGCACAAGGGCCACGACUCCGACCUGGAUUACAGCCUGGACGACGCCAAGCACCACGUCUGCCGCAGCAUCAUGGAGAAGGAGAACACCUCGCCGCUGACAGGAAACCCCAGGUUCAGGGCCGUCGCCGAGGAGCGCCCGGCGGAGUUCGUGGCGCUGGGGACUCCCAGCUCCCUGUACAGGAACAUCCUGGAGAGGGAGAAGGAGCUGCAGCAGCAGCUGGGAAUAACGGAGUACUUCAGGAAAAACCUGCCCCAGCUGCAGCCCGGCAUGGACAUGCAGGUCCCAGGGCACCAGGAGGAGCUUAAGCUCAUGGAGACCAUAAUGUACGCGAGACCGCGCAAGGUCAUGCUGGAACAAACCAAGAACGAGUACUUUGAGCUGAAAGCAAACCUUCACACCGAGCCGGACUACCUGGAGGUUCUGGAGCACCAGACUGCUUUUAACUGAGCUGAAUUAUAGACGUUGUCAUUGUCUGAACCAAGUGCCUUAGCCUGUUUGCCCUCCUCUACUUUCCACAGUGUGAAAUGUAUAAACGUAGAACUAUGAUAAGAGAAAUAUAUAUAUAUAUAUAUAUAUAUAUACACACAUGCACAUGUUUUUAAUUGUAGCACAGAAUGUAAGCGUGUGAACUGUGUUAUCUGCUCAUCCGUCGAGGUGGCUGCUUAAAGGUGCAAUGUUUCAGAGGUGCACCGAUCGGGCUCUUCUCGGCUCAGACCGAUUUCUGGUCCGUCGCUCUAUGUGUCAAAUUUUGGCCAAUAUAGAUUUUUUUUUUCUUUAAAGAGCAAAAAUAAAAAAACAAACAGAGAGCUGGCAGUUACAAACCCAAAAAGAAAAGGGAGGCGUUGGUGCAGAUUUGUUUGAUGCACUUUAAGAGUGGAUCAAGGGUUGCAAUCUCUGGCCGGCUGAUCGGUGCAUCCUCAGGAGAGAAGUCUCAGCCAAAUCAAAACAUGGAGGAAGGAGUCGCCGUAUGCAGAGCAGGCCUGGGUUACAACCCCACAGUGAAAUCCACUCAAUCAGCUUUUUACAUGUGAUUAAAUUUUCAUGCUCCUACAGCAGCCUAGUGAAUUGAUCCACCCAGCACACCCCCCCCCCCCCCCCCACCUCCCAGGAUAAAGCAGAUGUUUGCAAAGAAUCGAGUGAAUUUCAAUCAGUGCUUGACCCAGAAUUCCGCUUAAUCAGUCUAUCCCGAUUCUGGCCGUGACCUGAUUACCCCCCACCCCCCCCCACCACCCCCAUUCACAAGAGCAGCUUUAACGCUGCAACCGGAGCGCUUGUUGUUGCCGUAGAGUCAGCAAGACAAACAGCCGAGUACACUGAGAAACAGCGACAGGAGCGCGGUUACAAGAUGUCCCCCUGACAGAUGAUUGAUCCAAGACGCUGCGGCGCCGCAGUCAGAGGAACUUUAUUUUUAUACCAGCCGAGCAGAUCAGUCAGGAAGAGGGGGAGUACAGUAUCCACACAACUUGUACAAACGCAUUGCACUAUUUAAACGCCAUAAGAUGGUGCAUGACAAUCAACUUAAAGUCCUGCUGAAAAAAAAAGGGUCUCCUUUUGGUUUUCCGCCAGAACUGAGCCGCUGCUACGUGCUCAUUUCGUGUGCUUUUUGUGUACGUGUGUGAGAUUGAUGCCAUUCUUCUAUUUUUUAUUAUUAUUAUUAUUAUUAUUAUUGUUUUGUUGGAUCAAUUAAAAAGCAUCCAGGAACAGCUGGAGAAAGACUUUUGCAAGAGCGAACCAGAUUCGGGUUCCUGUUUCCCCCCCCCGAGCGGCUCAUGUAAGCACACACUCUGUAGCUUUUUCUACCUUAACUAGAUUGACUUAUUUAUUCUGUACAUUUUGUAUAUACCUCUGUUCCGUUUCAUCCUUGGGUUUUUUCGUGUGCCUUCAGUGCUGUACAGAAUAUAAACAGAAGUUGUAUCUGAAAGAGGAAAAAAAAAAAUAAAGAAUUGCUAUACGACGUGAUUUUGGAAAACGGCGGCCUCGCCGCUUGUCGGCAGCGCUCCACCUCUUCACUAAUUAACACGCCGGCCAACCUGGA